UUGGACUUUGUCCACAUGUCAGUCUGUGUUUAAUUUUUAAUUUUGUCUUUAUAUAUUAUAUUUUAAAAUAAAAAAUACUUAAAAUAGAAAUACAAUUCUUAAAAUGUUUUCUCCAUGCAGCAGACAAUUUUUGUCUACUCAGCUGCGUAGACUGCAAAGUACCUUGGUGGUAGCUGAACAUAACAAUGAUGCACUACUACCAGUUACUCAGAAUGCACUAAAUGCUGCAAAGAAAAUUGGUGGUGAUAUUUCUGUUUUGGUUGCUGGGACAAAAUGUGGCCCAGCUGCCGAGAAAAUAGCCAAAGCUGGUGGUAUAUCGAAAGUUCUAGUAGCUGAAAGUGAUGCCUUCAAGGGUUUCACAGCUGAAUCAUUGACCCCACUUAUAUUGGCUACUCAGAAGCAGUUUAAUUUCACACAUAUAUUGGCACCAGCUACUGCCUUUGGGAAAGCAGUGCUUCCACGUGUGGCUGCUAAGCUUGAUGUGUCCCCAAUAACAGAUAUUAUUGGUGUUAAAGAUGCCAAUACAUUUGUGAGGACAAUAUAUGCAGGCAAUGCUGUCCUGACAUUGGAAGCCAAGGACCCCAUCAAAGUGAUCACAGUCCGUGGCACAGCAUUUGCACCAGAACCAUUGGAGGGUGGUUCCGCUGCAAUAGAGAAAGCACCUGAGGGUGAUUACAAGACUGACCUUACAGAGUGGCUGUCCCAAGAGCUGACAAAGUCUGACAGGCCAGAACUCACUACUGCAAAGAAUAUUGUGUCCGGAGGACGGGGCCUCAAGUCUGGAGAUAACUUCAAGUUGCUGUAUGACCUAGCUGAUAAGCUGAAUGCGGCUGUGGGCGCAUCCCGUGCCGCCGUCGACGCUGGCUUCGUGCCCAAUGAUCUCCAGAUUGGGCAGACCGGCAAGAUUGUUGCACCUGACCUAUACAUUGCGGUGGGCAUCAGUGGUGCCAUUCAGCAUCUCGCUGGAAUGAAGGACUCCAAGACCAUCGUAGCUAUUAACAAGGAUCCUGAAGCACCCAUUUUCCAGGUAUCCGACUACGGACUGGUUGCCGAUUUGUUCAAAGCUGUCCCAGAACUCACAACCAAGUUGUAAAUAUUGUAAAAUAAACAUGUAUUUUACGACAGUCUUAGUUCUUUUUUAUCUAGUUAUACAUCCGUCAAUUGUAUAUUAAUAUUACAUAAAAUUGAAUAUAUAAAUAAGAAAUA